UGCAGGAGGUGGCAUGGAGCACAUGCGAGGGCGCAGCCACCAUGGAAGUUUUGGAAGUCCGCCACCACCGGAUCGCAAAAGUACUAGGAGAUCAGCACCUCCGGAUGUCCGAAGCAUCAAUUCCGUAUCAGCCAGAGGAGCACAACCCGCUCAACAGCUCUCCCGAUACUUCCCCGAAAAGAAGGGCGUAAACUUCCGCAGCUGGACCACUCCAAGAAAUUUACUGUGGCCUAUGCCUUCAAUACGUAAAGGAAGUAGGAGCCGAACUCGUGAAAUUUGUAUGUGUAUUUGUGUAUAGCAUGUACCCAGUGUAUUUUCUUGUUUUCUAAGCAAAUUGUUGUCCUUGAAUCAACACUUACGCGGCAUCAACUAUCGCUCGCCGAAAAUGAACCAAGCAAAAUCGCGUAUUGACUAAAUCUCAUUAUAUACGGUCCGGUAUUCUCAUUCUAGUAAAAUGUCACCUUAUGAAUAUAUGCAACAUAUCUAUUUCACCCACAUUUUUUUAGUUUUCGUUCUUUCUCAUACUACGGAUUCGCAUCUUUCCGUCUUU